GGAUCUUACAGGUUCAGCCAGGAUACAGCAAUUUCCUCGUCGCCACGGCGUUGGUCCGAACUGUUCACCGCUUUCGGACGUUGGUCCAGCACUUUCAGACGCGCUGUCACGGCAUGGCUGAAGGAUAUCCAGAGGCUGAAGCGAAGCCCAAAGCCAAGAAGCCACGACCCUUGCCGCCACCACCUCCACCAGCACUGGCCACCGCAUCCUUGCUUGUGCGUGGUGCAGCCGCGAGAGUGCUAGGCCUCUCACCGGGCCCUUGCGGCGGAGAGCUGCAGCCCAUUUGGGUCACUGAGCCCGGAUGCUCGAAGAUCACGAUGUCCUUUGAGGGCACCUCCCGAGAGCCCUUUCCAAAGGAGGACGCCCAUAAUGCGCUGCUGAUAGCCUUAGAGGCAGAAACCAAUCGCCUAGCGGCUGGCGGCCGGAUCGCGGUGUUUGAGAUGGACAAGGCCGAUGCAGAGAAGAAGUACGGCGAAGACAUCUACGAGCCGAAGUCCCAACGGCCGGACCGGCUGCGGUUAGCGCACUUGCCGGGGGCCGCCUUGGUUGAGAUCCCCAACAACUGGUCCUUGUGUGCCAGUACUUCCGACUGCGGCAAGAUUGAGUUCUUAGCACGAGAGGUGGAAGCUGGAUCCAAGAAGAAGCCUGAUACAAUGAUCAUGGCCAAGAAAAAGCAGGUCUUUGUGAAAUUCAGUGUCGGGAAUCCUGACGCACCCGCUGCAGAUAUUGGUGGAGAGAUGCCUUCAGAGGACGAGGCCAAAGCCUUGACCGACAAGAGCGUCCGUGUGGAAGUCCUGGGCGUGGAUGUGAAAGAUGAAGCUAAGGAGGAGCCAGCUAGUAAGGCGGCCAAGAGCGUCACAGAGGAGGUCAAGGCCGAAGGAGAGAUGGUGGUGGAUCCUUGGUCGGUCAAGGGCAAAAUCGACUAUGAGAAAUUAAUCCGUGAUUUUGGCUCCACCAAAAUCUCAGAUGACUUGCUGGAGCGAAUCCGAAAGAUCACGGUGGGCUCAGGCCGAGUGUCCGAUCUCCAUUGCUGGCUGCGCCGGAACAUUUUCUUCUCGCAUCGUGAGCUGGAUGCCAUUUGCGCGCUGCAGGAGAAAGGCAAACCCUUUUACCUCUACACUGGGCGAGGGCCAAGCUCUGCUGCCAUGCACUUGGGCCACUUGUUGCCUUUUAUGUUCACCCAGUGGCUCCAAAAAGCUUUUGAUGUUCCCUUGGUGAUCCAAAUGACCGACGACGAGAAAUUCCUUUGGAAGGGUGAGUAUGACCCAGAAAAAGGAGACAACUUGCAUGUCUACAAGCGCUUCACCAUUGAGAAUGCAAAGGACAUCAUUGCCUGUGGUUUCGACAAGAAAAAAACAUUCAUAUUUUCUGACCUGGAAUACGUUGGACAUAUGUACCCGAACAUCGUGAGGGUCUGGAAAGCCAUCACCUACAACACUGCCAGAGGUGCCUUUGGUUUUGUUGGUGAGUCCAACAUCGGGCAGUCUGCCUUUCCUGCGGUCCAGGCCGUGCCUUCUUUCCCAUCUUCCUUCAACGUACCCUUCAAGGGCGACCAGCAUUUGCCUUGCCUGAUCCCAUGUGCCAUCGAUCAAGAUCCAUACUUCAGGGUCACCCGAGAUAUUGCGCACAAGCUGGUCCCGAAGGAUCAUCCACUGAAAGGAAAGCCAUCCUUGAUCCACUGCAAAUUCUUCCCGCCCUUGACGGGUGCAGAAGGCAAGAUGGCCGCCUCCGACGAGAACUCGGCGAUCUUCCUCACUGACACACCUGAGGACAUCGAAAAGAAGAUCACAAAAUAUGCUUUCUCAGGUGGUCGGCAGACUGCGAAAGAGCAGCGAGAGAAAGGUGCCGACUUGGAUGCUGAUGUGUCCUACCAGUGGCUAAGAUUCUUCUUGGACGAUGAUGCGGAGCUACAAAAGAUCGAGGAGCAGUACGGAAGCGGUCAAGGCGAAGACUAUUGGAGUGCUGGCCAGGUCAAGAAGAAGCUUAUUGAGGUGCUAAAGCAGAUGGUGAAGAAACAUCAGGAGAUCCGCGCAAGCAUCACGGACGAGGAGGUGGCGGAGUGGAUGAAGGUCCGUGAAUUGGACUUCUGAGUGUUCAACGUGCGAAUGUGCCACGCUGCCGAAUGAGAUGGCAACCCCUACAGGAGACUCAUGCAGGACAUGAGCCUGUAGUGCUGUACAGUGCCAAGCUGGACAGGUUUUUGCCACCCAUGGCCGAUUGAUGGCGUUUGAGUGUGCAGCGGCGUAGGCCUCUAUCUCAAUGGUUGUGAGUGUGUUGCUUCCAUCAUGC